CUGAGGGGCCCUCGGGAGGGGGUGGACCCACAUUUCGGCCGUGUCAGGCGUCUGCCCUCGCACCAGCCCUGCCCUUCCCCAGGAAAGGUCCUGCGGAGGCUCCCGGGAAGCGGAACUAGGCCCUCGGCCUCCCUCGCCCAGCGCGUGAACUCAAGGACCGCACCUCUGCACGCUCUCCCUCGGCCUCCCAGCCCCGGGCAGGGAUGGGCAGCUCCCGGGGUCUUCAGACCCCUCUUCCGAGUCGGCCCCGCUCUCAGAUUUAGGCCUUCCCGGCUGUGCUUCGCUUCGUUUCUGCCUGGGACCCGCCACCACCAUGGUCGGUGAGACGCGGAGACGCCCUCCUUCGCACCAACCCCAGCAGAGCGACCCCCUGCCUCCCACGCCCAGCGCCGGGGCUGGUGGACGGGGACGGUUCCCACCGGCCCGCCGUCGCGGCACCCCGACACUCCCCAGCAUCCGCUCCAGCGCCGUCCGCAGCAGACCCGGAGGCCCGCGGCCCUUCUCUGGAACGCGCUGGUGGUUCCCUGGUAACAGGUGCCCAGGCGAGCCUCGGAACAGUCCACGUGUGACCGUCCCUCAGCGCUUAACCGCAUUUCAAGUCUCCAUUGCCCGUGACCUAGAGCCUGUGCAUUUCAUACCUUCGGACACUAUGAGGGACCCUGUGAGUAGCCAGUACAGCUCCUUUCUUUUCUGGAGGAUGCCCAUACCAGAACUGGAUCUGUCGGAGCUGGAAGGCCUGGGUCUGUCAGAUACACCCACCUACAAGAUCAAGGACAGCAGCGUUGGCAAAAUGAUCGGGCAAGCAACAGGAGCAGAGCAAGAAAAAAAUCCAGAAGGCGAUACCCUCUUAGAGUACAGCACCUUCAACUUCUGGAGAGCUCCCAUUGCCAGCAUCCACUCCUUCGAAUUGGACUUGCUUUAAGGCCAAGACUUCCGUCUCCCACCACCUUGCCCUUAUUGUCUUCUCUUUCAAGCCCCUUCCUUCUCAUUCCUUUCCCAAAUUAAUCUUGUUCUCUUCCCUCUAUUGUGUUGGUGGUGCUGAUGAAUCUGCCAGUUGUUUUAUUUAUUUAUUUAUUUAUUUAUUUAUUUAUCUAGCUAGCUAGCUAGCUAAGCUACUCCAUUUCUCUCAAAAGCCCUCAAACCAAAGUAAAGGGUUAAAGCAAUGGAGUACUGGAUAAUAGAAAUCCCACCCCCACCCCCUGGAUUAUUAACCCCAGAAAACAGGCUUUGUGGAGACAUCAGGGAGUAGUAGAGUAGUGCAAAAUGGAACAUAGUUUUGAUCCCAUUUUUAAUAGGCUUCAAAGAUUGCUCAAACCAUAUGUAAGACCUUGGGUUUGAUCCCUAUCACCACAAAAAAGAAAAAGAUUGCUCAAACCUUUGUAGUUACCAGUAAACUUAAGUUAUUUUUUCCAGGGUUAAUGAAAACCUUCUAAUUUUUAAGAUGAUUUGUCACAACAGAAUCAUUUCCAAAAUGUUAAGGUGAUGAUCUUCUUUUUUAAUCCUAUUCCUUCUUAUAAUACAUUCUUUUCCCCAGAGAAAUCAGGGGUAAAGGUAUAAAAUGAGGAAAUAAUAUAUUAUGAAAAUAUGGAAGAGCACUCAAUCUUUUCAGAAAUAGCUGAAGCUCUUUCCUUCCAAAAAGCAUUCUUUGUUUUCUGCAGUACUGAGGAUCCAACCCACUGAACUACAUUCUAGCCCAUUUUAUUUUUUUUAUUUUGAGACAGGGUCUAAGUUGCCCAUGCUGGCCUUGAAUUUGUUAUCCUUUUGUCAGCCUCCAUAGUCCAAAAGGAUGUUCUUCAGCUUACAACUUUGCUUCUAAUUUUGGAUUGAUAAUUCUAGCUGAAAAAAAUCAGAUUUCAAAUCUUAAGAAGAAACCUUGCUAUUAGGAUAAUUUGUAAGGUUCUGAUUGGGUCUUCUAAAGAAAAGCAUAAGGUUUGGUUCCAUUCCUCAUUUGCAAUGUACUAAUCAGUGGGCCUCAGGCACAGUUUUAAAGCUACAUUAAGACCCGAAAUGAGCAAUUACAUUCUGCCCCUACACCUUGUUCCCACUCCUUCCAAAAAUAAAGACAUUCAAUCCCA